UUUAUGCCGGUAUGAUCACGAAAUCCACGCCACCACACUCAUAAAUACCCCCCACUACCACCCCACCUUCCAUAGUAUCGAAAUAACAAACACAGAGACAUUAGAAUCAAACAUGUCCACAUUCUCUCUCUUUCUCCUUGUUAUCUGGGCUUUGUCCGGUGUUGCUAUUUCCUACAACUUCGGUGGUGGAGAUGGCGGAGGCGGAGGUGGGCGGCCGGACGAGUCACCACCUGAGGCGAAUCAUCCACCCACCGGCGGCAGUGGGUCGGCGCAUGGGCCUAACUGGGAUUACAAUUGGGGUUGGGGUUCCGGCCCUGGUUCGGGGUGGGGGUAUGGGUCGGGGUCUGGCCGGUCUCCCAAUGGGUUCGGUCGGGGAUCCGGGUCUGGAUAUGGGUCAGGGACGGGGUCCGGGUCUGGGUCUGGGUCUGGAUAUGGAAGUGGUGGGGCUAGUGGCAGUGGAAGUGGAAGUGGAAGUGGCGGCGGCGGUGGCGCUGGAUACGGUAAUGGCAAUGGUAAUGGUGGUGGUGGAUACGGUAAUGGUAAUGGAAAUGGUGGUGGUGGACACGGUAAUGGAAAUGGUGGUGGUGGAUAUGGUAAUGAUGAUGAUGGUGGAGAUGUAUACGGUGGAUACGGUGGUGGUGGUGGUGGUGGAGGAGGAGGAGGAGGAGGAGGAGUUGGAGGUGGAUACGGUAAUGGUGAUGGCGGUGGAGGUGGGGGUGGUUGGGGAGGAUAUUAUAACCGCUUCGUUAAAGAGAAAAAGAAGCACGGGUGA